AUGUGCACCCUUGGCCCAAUGCGGUGUUACCGUCCUUCCGUCCCACAGAACUCGUUCUGCCCCUUAACGCCAAAAAACACACGGGCACAGGUACCAGGUGCUGGCACCGGGGGAACUGCGCAGGGACGCGGCAGCCAAGGGACCAAGGCACUGCUUCAGGUGUACAAAGGGCUUGUGGACGCGACUUUUGCCAGCUGGGAGGCCGACGCCAGGGAGGCCCAGCACUUUGAGAAGAAGCUCCAACAGGAGGUGGAUGGAUUGGAACUGGAGCAGGGCACGCUGGAAGGAAUGCUGCGCCAGCUCGAAUGCGAGCUGGGAGCUUUGGAGGCAGCUGCCGCACAAGAGGAGGAUCGCCCCCCUCAGCAGGAAUACACGAGGGCUUUGCAAAGGCAGAGUGACGUGAGGCAGAAUGACAAGACCACCGCAAAGAAACCCCGGGUGCAGCGAAGGGGAGCAAAAGGACGCAACCAGGACCAUGACAUCGCUGCCAAUGUCCUCACUGGGCUGGAGGAGGAGGUGCGCAUCUGGCAGCUUCGUCUGCAGCUGGCUGGAAACAAUCACAGGCUGGCAGAGUUGAGUGAAUGGCAGGUGUUGCUGGGCCAGCAAGGGCAGCUGGAUGGCACAAUGCCAACAGUAGAAAACAGCACAUUGCCUGAUGCAAAUGCGGACACUGUGUCGAGGACAAGGGAUGCAAUCUCGCCUGCUGGAAAACCUGUAGCAAAGCCUUCUUCCAGCCGUGUAUCCCAUGGGCAGCGCCAGGGGUCAAAGAGCAACAUCAAAAGGAAAAGCAAGCUUGCAAGCUUGCCUCUGACAUUGAAUUGUCCCACAAGGAAACGGCAAGAAGAGCUGCUAGGCAGAAGGUUGCGCAGAAGAACUGAAAUGCAUUCAAGCCCCUCAAUGUGGUAG